AUGGCGUCCAACAACCAAAUCACCGGGAAACAAAACUACCACAUUGGCUACAAGGAGGACACCUUGAAGGCGUUUGAGCUGCGGAAUGUCACGACUUGUCUCGGCUACCUCGUCCCAACCCUCGAAGCACUUCCACCGACGUUCACACUACUAGAUGUCGGUUGUGGUCCCGGCAGCAUCACCUUUGAUCUCGCCCGGCGGUUUCCCCAGGCCAAGAUUAUUGGCGUGGACUUGGGACAGGAGGUCAUCGAGAGAAACAAUGCCAACAUCCCCCUUCACGCGCCCGGUACUGGCAUCGAGUUCCGAGCGGGCAACAUUCUCGAACCCGAGUCCCUCUUUUCCGCAGAGGAGAUUGGGGGCGGAUUCGAUGUGGUGCAUGAACAUACGACGCUGAUCUGCAUCCCCAACAACAUCGAGGUUCUCCGCAUGAUGAAGCAGCUCGCAAAGAAGGACGGAGGGAUCGUGGCCUGCCGCGAGGGUGACACGCAUUCACAGUUGUUGUGGCCGCCAUGCCCAGAGAGCGCAGAGCUGCAGGAGCGCAUCUACGAGAUGAACGGGCUGGACACGCAGACGGGGCGCAAGCUGCUGAGCAAGGCCCUGGAGGUCGGCUUCCGCAGGGAUCAAAUCACGGCAUCAGCCAGCGUCCUGAGCAACAUUACGGCGGAAGAGAGGCUGCCAUAUGCUGGAUCUAUGAUCACGAUGCUUGCCGACGAGAACUCCCAGUACCGCAGAGCUGCCGCGAAGUUUGGUUAUACGGAGGCCCAGAUAGAGGUGUUGCGGAAGAACAUGGAGAGGAUGAUAGAGGCUGACGACGGCUGGCGGCUACUUAUUUGUACCGAGGUCAUCUGCAGGCUCGACGGAUAUUCAUGA